AUGGUUUUUGGGUAUUGGUCUGUAAAAGUGUGUGUACAUGUGUGUGUAUGGUUCCAGAAAUGUAAUUCUCCGCUCAUCAGAUUCAGCCGAUGGAGUUUACUAUUCGCUGGCAUUGCUUAUGGAGCAUUUUGGAACAGCAGGUCUAAGAAAGAAGCGGCUUUGAAGCCAAUCUUGGAGAAGGAGAAGGCAGAACGUGAUGCAUUCCUUGCUGCGCAAAAACUAAAAACUGCAGAGGAGGAAAAAGCGGCACUUGAAGCUUUGAGCCAGCCUUCAAAAUGAAUACGAAUUACUGUUAGUUAUAAUGUAUUAAAAUAUAAU